CAAGCGACCUUCGAUAAAGGAUCGAUAUACUUAUUCAAUUUAACAACCAUCUACUGUAUGUUUAUGAUUGUAUACAACAAAUACCGUUGCGUGUUUACAAGUAGUGUACCGGUAUACCUGUUUAAUUGAACGCAUCGGACUUGAAUUAAAAUGGCUGGUGACGAUGCAUCCAAGAAGCCAAAGGAGUCUGCAGUACUCUCAGAUGGAAGUCUCGCUAUUCUCGCUCGAGAAAUCAGCCUCGAUAAGCUCAACGGCCUGGUGCUCUGCAUGUAUCUAAACAUCCCCAACACCACGAUCGUCCAGGCCUCCAAUGACGCAACUCCCCGGGGACUGAUCGAUGCCACUGACACGGCAAAGAUCGAGACCACACAGAAGCUGCUGCUGUUGUGGAAACAACUGCGAGUGGGUAAGAAAGAGAAGGACAAUGUUAAGGAGCUCGAGACAGCACUACGGGAAAUGGGAAAGGCAGAAAUCGCCGACAUCAUACAUGACAAAGACGCCAACAACGUCGAGCUGUCAUCUGAAGCGUUAUCAAGCGCGUAAUGGACUUAAGGACUAAAAUUACUGCCAUAAAAACAAAACCAUUUCGGAAAAAUGAUUGUUGAUGAAAACAGCACUCUUUCUACAUAUCCUUUGCUUUUUAAUAUUAGCGCUCUAGCAACACGACACGAUACAAUGUGCUUAUAGCUAAUAAGUAUGUAUAUUAUGAUAUAUAUUUGUUAUAAUUGUAUCUUUAUGUUCAACACGCUCAUUAAAAACCGUAAGUGUGUUAGCUGAUUGAACGUG